UUCAAUUUUGUAACAAAAAAUGUCAAAUUAUUUUUGUUUAAAAAAAGUAAAACAAAAUUACAAUGUGCAAUUUUUGUCGCCAUAAGCUUUCUUAUCGAUGGGAAAGCGGCAUUCUGGCCAUAUGCGUAAUAAUACUUUCUAUCGCAAUUAUAGCAUAUAUGUGUACCCGCGACCGUUUUGGCUUGUUUCAUAAAAUUAGUUUGGGAAUAGCCUGCUUUGGACUUUUUGCUGGAAUAUGUCUUCUGAUGGGUGCUUUACUGGAAAAUGCAUGUCUGGUGUGGAUGUGGAUAGUGAUAAUGUCCGCAGUGAUUGUGGCAGCCACUGCUUUCGAGAUUUUCAGGCUCUGCAAAGGCUGGAAUGUCAUAAGUGACAGAACGAAAACAUAUGAAAUUAUUUUCAUAUUAGUUGCCCCAUGUCUAGGUUUCUUUAUGAUAUAUCAGACAAUAUUGUUUGCAUUGGAACUGAAAAGACAAAGAAGUGAAGAGCAACAACAUGGUUAUCUAUAUGUCCUGAGGGGCUGUUGACUUCAACCUCCCAACAUGAACUGCAUUUUUGUGUAAAUCUGUCUGUGUACUUUUCGAAACAAUUAAAAAAGUUAUACAAUUUGG